AUGUGGCAGGGAACCAAAAAGAGCCGACGGUCACAGCCCGAAAGAGCCCCGCCCCGGUUCAUCUCCACCAUGCGGGCCACGCCGGUCCUGUCGGCCGUAGCGCUAGCCUCCUCCUGCCGGGGGGGCGUCGUCACUACGGCCUCCACGAGCGCCGCAGCCCUCGCAGCGGGGGCGUUGCACCACAGGCCAGUCCCGUCUUCCUCCGCCGGCGCCGCUUCUCGAGCACACCACCGGUCAUCGCGAAGAAGAGGAGGAACAGGAGAGAAGCGGGAGCCUGGAAGUCGCGGCAGCGGGAGCGGGAGCGGCGCAGGGCGGAGCACCCUCCUCUUUCAGUGCUUGUCGUCCUCCUCCGCGAUGAGAGGUCUGACCCAAGCGCGGCCGAGGAGAGGCGUCCGCUCGAUCUAUUCCACCAGCGCCGGCGUAAGCUCGGCGGGGAGUAGUGCCGUGCGCCGGCGAGGCAGCGCCGGCCGUCGAGUCCGCCCAGCGGCGACGAAGAUGGCGAACUCUUCUCCCCCGGUAACGGACAAGGACAUCAUGAGGGAGUUCGUAUCGGUGGCGGCCUCGGAAGCGAGUUCAGCUGUCAAGAACAAGCCUCCCUCGGCGGUCUUGGCGGGGAACAAGCAGCACAACGGGGAUGCCGGGAGGGGGGUGACGGCGGAGGCGGCGGAAGAAGAAGGGGGGGGGGGUGACAAAGCUCGCCCGACCGGAUACAUGUACGGCGACGUGCUCACGGACGCGGAUGGUCUGCCGCUGGUGUACGACAGUGACUCCAUCGGCCGGUACUGGGACAAGCGGCCAGGGGAGCUCAACAGCCGAUGGAGCAAGUUCUUGUCGGUGACCGUGCCCUUCGUGACGAGGGUCGUGAGGGACUACACCUCCGGUAACAUCAUGAAGAACGAGGCGGUGCUGGCGCGAGACCUUCGCAUCGUCAUCGAGAAGCUGGGUCCGACGUUCAUCAAGCUGGGACAGGCGCUUUCCAUCCGCCCGGACGUCAUCGGGCCCGCGGCCACAGACGAGCUAGCCAAGCUGCAGGACGCGGUGCCCCCCUUCCCGACCCCGCUGGCGAUGGAGGUGCUGGAACGGGAGCUGGGCAGGCCCCCCUCCGAGGUGUUCAGCGAGAUCAGCGAGGAGCCCAUCGCCGCGGCUUCACUGGCGCAGAUGACGGACUACAACGAACUGCUUCGAGUGUGGGCCACGGGUUUCUACCAGGAGCUUGACUUCUUGAACGAGGCCAACAACCAGAUCCGGAUGAAGAAGGUGCUGUCGGGCAUGAAGGGGCAGGUCUUCGUCCCCGACGUGUUGUUGGACCUGUCCACCAGGAGGGUUCUCGUGAGCGAGUGGGUCGACGGCGUCAAGCUAACCAAGGCCGAUCCCAGCGAGAUCCGCGAGUUGACCAGCAUCGCGCAGGAGGCGUUCUUGGUGCAGCUGCUAGGGGAGGGUUUCAUGCAUUGCGACCCUCAUCCGGGAAACAUGCUCCUCGUGGACGAAAGCAUGCGAGACGAGCGGGGCAGGCUGGCCCUCCUGGACUACGGGCUCAUGGCGGAGCUCGGAUCAAAAGAGAGGGAAGGCAUGGUGAGAGAUCACAUCCAAGAAACAAACACCCUGGCCAAGAUGAUGUGA